AUGCAGUUUAUGUUGAUUUUUAGUUGUCAAGGAAAGCUUAGACUGCAGAAAUGGCAUGUCCCACUAUCAGAAAAAGAGAAGAAAAAGAUCACAGGAGGACUUGUUAAACCUAUUUUAGCACAGAAAUCUAAAAUGUGCAGCUUCCUUGAGUGGCGAGAUAUGAAGAUUAUUUACAAAAGAUAUACUAGACUGUAUUUUUGCUGUGUUAUUGAAGAUCAGGACCAUGAACUAAUUACUCUGGAAAUAAUUCAUUGUUACGUGGAAUUACUUGACAAGUAUUUUGGCAGUGUGUGUGAACUUGAUAUCAUCUUUAAUUUUGAGAAGUCAUAUUUUAUUUUCGAUGAGUUUCUUUUGGGAGGGGAAGUUCAGGAAAUACCCAAGAAAAAUGUCCUUAAAGCAAUUGAGCAGGUCAAUCUAAUGCAAGAAGAAGCUGGAACCACAUGUAGUGUUCUUGAAGAAAUAGACUGA